AUGCCGCGCCGUGUUGGUCGCCUGCUCCCUUACUUCCUGAUUCUGGCCCUCUGGACGACGCUGCAGCCUGCGGCGGCUGAGGUUUACAUCCGGCUCUUUCCCGGGAAAGAAUUGUGCCUGAACUACGAGGGAUACCGCGACCCGGAGGAUGAUCCGCCUACUGUGGACCUCCGCCACCGUGGGCUUGACCCGCGCAACGUCAAUAUCCGCACUCGCCUCUACAACCCCAGUGGGGCACAGGUAGUUCUCAGCGAACGCAUUGACCCGUUUGGUACCCCCUACUCACUUUUUUUCAAAGUGACAGAGACGGGCACUUAUCGUGUAUGCAUGCGCACCCCACUGAGUCACCCGCCGCUACGGUUUGAGAUGCGCUUUGUUGGGGAGAACGAUCUCGUAGAUCCAACAACCACCACCGAGGGGGUUCCCGUGGUUGACAAGCCAGUAGACGUAGAGGACUACCAGGCGCGCUUGAAGAUGUUGGACCUUUGCGUGCAGGUCACUCUAGACGAGGUUCGCAUGGGCGAGAACCGCCUCCACAUGUUUGAUGACGUCACCCAGUUGACGUACUACCUCACGGCGGGGAUGCUUUUUCUCAACUUGGCUCUUUCUAUUGGCCUGAGCGUGUGGGCCGAGAAAUACCUAGAGCGCUACUUUAUGAAGAAGAAGAUCGUCUAG